UCACACACACACCCCUCUCCCUCACACACACACCCCUCUCCCUCACACACCCCUCUCCCUCACACACACACACCCCUCUCCCUCACACACACCCCUCUCCCUCACACACACCCCUCUCCCUCACACACACACCCCUCUCCCUCACACACCCCUCUCCCUCACACACACACACACCCCUCUCCCUCACACACACACCCCUCUCCCUCACACACACACACCCCUCUCCCUCACACACACACACACCCCUCUCCCUCACACACCCCUCUCCCUCACAACACACACCCCUCUCCCUCACACACACACCCCUCUCCCUCACACACCCCACUCCCUCACACACACCCCUCUCCCUCACACACACACACCCCUCUCCCUCACACACACCCCUCUCCCUCACACACCCCCUCUCCCACACACACACCUCUCCCUCACACACACCCCUCUCCCUCACACACCCCUCUCCCUCACACACACCCCUCUCCCGCACACACCCCCUCUCCCUCACACACCCCCUCUCCCUCACACACCCCUCUCCCUCACCCCUCACACACCCCUCUCCCUCACACACACCCCUCUCCCUCACACACCCCUCUCCCUCACACACACCCCUCUCCCUCACACACACACACCCCUCUCCCUCACACACACCCCUCUCCCUCACACACACACACCCCUCUCCCCUCUCCCUCACACACACACCCCUCUCCCUCACACACACACCCCUCUCCCACACACACACACCCCUCUCCCUCACCCACACACCCCUCUCCCUCACCCACACACCCCUCUCCCUCACACACACACACCCCUCUCCCUCACACACACACCCCUCUCCCUCACCCACACACCCCUCUCCCUCACACACACACCCCUCUCCCUCACACACACCCCUCUCCCUCACACACACACCCCUCUCCCUCACCCACACACCCCUCUCCCUCACCCACACACCCCUCUCCCACACACACACACCCCUCUCCCUCACACACCCCCUCUCCCUCACACACACACCCCUCUCCCUCACACACACACCCCUCUCCCUCACACACACACACCCCUCUCCCUCACACACACCCCUCUCCCUCACACACCCCCUCUCCCUCACACACACACACCCCUCUCCCUCACACACCCCUCUCUCCCUCACACACCCCUCUCCCUCACACACAUCCCUCUCCCUCACACACACACCCCUCUCCCUCA